AUGUCUUCUAGUUCCUCUGCUUCAUGCAAUGUCAGUGGUAGUAGUAAUUCAUCUGAGUCAAUGAAAGACCUCUACCCUUUGUGGAAGUUUGUUGUUAAGGGUGAACAAGGGAAAGGGAUUCAAACUUGUAAUAAAGUGAAAAUUGAUGACCUUGCUAAACUAAGAUCGCUUCAUCGUGAAUCCGAGGAUUAUAAAAAAUCUUUGUUACCAAAAGUUCCACCUUUUUCAAAUGAACCCAUAUCUUCUCACACAUCAACUGAAGCUACAUCAAUGAGACUAGGUUCAUUUGAUAAUGUAAAGAAGAGGAAAUCAAAAAAUACAAUUUCCGAUGCUUUUAAUGUGAAAUCUCGUGACCACUUGGAUUCUGAAAUUGCUAGAAUGUUUUACACAGGGGGGUUGCCUUUUAAUCUUGCUAGAAACCCUUACUAUGUUAGUUCAUAUACAAUGGCUGCCAAUUCUAAUCUCUCUGGUUAUAAGCCUCCCGGAUACAACAAACUUAAAACAACUUUGCUUUGUAAAGAGACAGAAAAUGUGGAUAGGUUAUUACAACCUAUGAAAGCCACAUGGAAAACAAAAGGUGUUAGCAUUAUUAGUGAUGGGUGGAGUGAUCCACAAAGAAGGCCUUUGAUUAACAUUAUGAUUGCUUCUGAAACGGGUCCUAUGUUUAUGAAAGCUAUUGAUUGCUCGGGUGAGAUUAAGGACAAAGAUUUCAUUGCUACCUUACUAAGUGAGGUGAUUGAUGAAAUUGGAGAUCAAAAUGUUGUUCAAAUAAUCACAGAUAAUGCAAGUAAUUGUAAGGCUGCAGGGGAAUUGGUUGAGGGUAGGUAUCCUCAUAUAUAUUGGACACCAUGUGUUGUUCAUACACUUAAUCUUGCAAUGAAAAGCAUCUGUGCAGCUAAGAAUGUGUUGAAUAAUUUUGAAGUAUAUUAUGAAUGUCAUUGGAUAACGGAAGUUCAUGCAGAUGCCUUGUUCAUUAAAAAUUAA